AUGUUAGAAUCAGCCAAUACUCGGUCAUCACGCGUGUCUGCCAAUCCGUCCCAGUCAAGUGGAAUCGAGACAGCCCUGAAAGAAUUGAAAAAGACUAUCGCCGGACAGAGAUCCGCGGCCACUUUUGCUUGCGGUGGUACGAUCACCAUCUCUAGGGCUGGCACCGGUGGCGGCUCAGGUGCAGUGUCAACCUCGCCGCCAGUGAAGGUCUACUGGUCUGUUCAGGAAGAGAUGAACGCCAAAAAGAUUGUCCUUCCCUUGAACCAUGCGUCGGCAGAUUCUAGCCCUGCUGCUCUGCAGCAGCUUGCAUCGGACUGCUCCCCUGUAACCUUUAGAAGGGGUAGUCAGGAUAUUCUAGACCCCAGCUUUCGACAGGCAGGGAAGAUGGAGCCAGCGAACUUCGCAACUACAUUCCAUCCGGCGGACCUCCGUAUCAUAACUCUAAUCGAAAGAAUUUUGCUACCCAGCGUCAGCAAUGAUAAGGUGAAUUCCAUGUGGGGUCGCACAAUUCUGCUGAGUUCUACAAAUUGA